AAAAUGCUUCUUUUAAUGACAAUAGAAGGCCGUCAGGAACUUUUCUUCCUUACAUCACUGGCUUACACAGUUGAGGAACAAGCUCGCAUGCGGGGUUUCACGCGCAAAAUCCACCGUUAAUUCCCUGCAAUGAAGCCAAAUCCACCGUGGAUCGUCGUCUUCACUCCUACGGGCACUCGCAUAGUUAAGACAUCCCGACCAAUCAAAAGUUGAAGCCAGCUCAUGGCUAUAAGCCUGGAAGAAAAUGGACUUCUCACCGACCUAACACAUUAACUCUUACAAAGCCUUUCCUCUCCCUUAUAAAACUACAGAGUCUCAGAUUAUCAAGCAGUCACAAGCACCGGUAAGCAUUCCUUUUCCUCGCCGCCAAAGUUACUUCAGGCAACCAUGGGCUACGACAGGAUCAGCCCGUCCGAGUACACUCCUCCCCUCUCCUCCCGUCGCCGAUACGCUCGCUUCCUCCUAUUUACUCUAAUAUUCACUCUUCUUCUCGUCUCCGCCGCCGCUUUGCUUCUCCGCAGCAACGCCCACCGACCCGCCCGCAAGCUAAUAGACCAAAGCCCGACCAGUGCCAUUACCCGUAAUUGCGGCCUGGCCCGUUACCCGUCACUCUGCUUCAGCUUACUCGAGAAAUUCUCUGGUGUCGGCGAGCGCGAUCUCCUUCACAUUUCUCUCAACAUGACCCUGCACCGCGUCGGCGCCGCGCUAUACGGGGCGUCGGCGAUGGCCUCAACGCCCAUGGAGCCGCGCCUCCGCGCCGCCUACGACGACUGCAUAGAACUGCUCGACGACUCCGUCGACCAGCUCAGCCAAUCACUCCUGGCCGUCUCGCGCGGCGGCCAUCCGCGAGAGGAUGUAGUGACCUGGCUCAGCGCCGCGAUGACAAAUCACGAUACUUGCUCCGAGGGCUUCGACGGCGUCCCCGAUGGCUAUGUGAAAGCGCAGAUGGCAGGACAUUUGAAAGACCUGUCGGAGCUUGUGAGCAACUGCCUCGCCAUGUUCUCUGCCACGAGCGUCGGCGAGGAAUUCGCCGGCGUGCCCAUUGAGCAUCGAAGGAAGCGCCGCCUUCUCUCUGACGACGAUACCUUCCCGAAUUGGGUGAAACCGAGAGAUCGGAAACUCCUCCAGAUGCCAGCUCCGACAAUACAACCGGACUUCAUUGUUUCAAAGGACGGCAACGGAACGCAUAAGACUAUUUACGAUGCUGUUAAGGCCGCUCCAGAGGGAAGCUACCGCCGUAUCAUUAUUUACAUUAAGGCCGGACGCUACGAGGAGAACAUUAAAGUCUCCCGCAGAAAGAUCAAUCUCUUGUUCGUCGGCGAUGGCAAGGGGAAAACCAUCGUUUCCGGCUCACGCAGCGUAUCCGAAAACUACACCACCUUCCACACAGCCACUUUCGCCGCGACAGGAGCCGGGUUUAUAAUGAAGGACAUGACAAUAGAGAAUUGGGCGGGGCCAUACAAGCACCAAGCGGUGGCGCUGCGAGUCGGAGCCGACCACGCGGUGGUGUACCGUUGCAGCAUCAUCGGUUACCAAGACACACUUUAUGUGCACUCGCAGAGGCAAUUUUUCCGGGAAUGUGACAUCUACGGAACCGUCGAUUUUAUCUUCGGCAACGCCGCGGUUGUGCUCCAAAAGUGCGGCCUUUGGGCUCGGAAACCACUUCCGAUGCAGAAAGUCACCAUUACUGCGCAGAACCGCAAGGAUCCGAACCAGAACACCGGUAUCUCAAUCCACGACUGCCAGAUUUUACCGACGAGCGACCUCAACGCCAGUGUGGGGGAUUCGAGCUUUCAGACGUUUCUUGGGCGCCCAUGGAAGAUGUACUCUAGAGUGGUAUACUUGCUCUCGUAUAUGGGAGGACACAUUGAGCCGAGUGGGUGGCUACCAUGGAACACUUCAUCAUUUGCCCUUGACACUUUAUACUACGGAGAGUAUAUGAACUACGGGCCGGGAGCUGCCGUCGGAAAGAGGGUGCAGUGGCCAGGAUACAGGGUUAUUACCCUGCCGGACGAGGCUGGAAAGUUCACCGUCGCUAAUUUUAUCUAUGGCUCCUCAUGGCUACCGUCCACCGGAGUCGCCUUCCUCGGCGGACUGUCUUUCUAACAAUCAAAUUCAUUGAUGGUUUUUAAAAGGAAGUAUUUUGUGGUUUAAAAUUGUUUUAAUGUAUAAGCUCACAGUGUAAGCGGGUGUUUAUGUUUGUUAUUACUCAAGUUUUUUUUUUUUUUUUAUUCGAGUGAGCGUGGUUAGAGGAUAGAAAAUAUUGAAAGCCCCUGGGCCAGUUUAAUUGUAUAUUCCGAUGACCAUGGUGUCUUUUUAGCUGGUGAUCGAAAUAAAUAUUAAUUUAAUUA